AUGGCGGCCGCCAGGGAUGCGGAACAGCACACACCAUUUUGUAAAAGAGACUGCAAACUUUCACAUCACGAGCUCAUCAAAGCUCUCUUCCUUUUUAAUAAUUUCUCUGAUGGCUACUCUAAACCCGGACACCUGCAUUUGUUCUACGAAAGCAUCCAGUCUUGCAUUUCACAUGGAUGGCCGAAGGAUUCUAUCGUUCCCGAUGUAUCAAGAGAUCUUCAAUGUCCGCUCGUUUAUCUUGCUUGUGCUUUCGGGAAACCUAAAGCUCUUGCUCUUUUGCUAAAGAUGGGCUUUGAACCUAACGUCWGCAUAAGACAAACCGGAGAAACGGGUUUGCAUGCAGCCGUUAGAUACGUUUAUCAAUCAGGUGCAUGGUCCGUCAAUAAUGGCAAGAAAGGUGUUACGAAGGUCCGACCAAAAACAAGAACUUCGUCCUUUGAAAAAAUUCUCGAUUCUCUAACCGAAAAGUUUCCAGAGAUCUUAGGUCAGAAAGACAUAAAUUGGGAUACGCCGCUACACAUCGGAGCCCAGGAAUUAGAAGAUAUWAGAGAAGAGGAACGCGACUGUAAUGGGAAAAAACUUUUGAUGGCUUUGAAUAAYCGUAAGCUACAUUUCGAGCAGUGUCUUAAGAGUAUGCUUGCGAAAGUCGUGAAACUUCAAAAACAAGGCGUAAUAAGUGCUGAAAGAGCAAUACAGAUUAUUUGCACCAAAAACAGAGAAAGGAAGAGCAUUUUGAACAUCUUAUCCGGUUCAAGCGAAAAAGAUGGUUCAUUGGAAUUUUUAAAUUCUGUCUUGUCAGAACUUGGGAAAAGAUUGUCAUCUAACAAUGUUCCAGGGAGUGGUAUAGGAACACAAAUGACAGAUGACCAAGCAACUGUGCCCUCCAUGGUUGUGGUGAAUCCCCAUUACAAGACACAAAGUGCCAGCCAAGCACCCUUACUUUGGGUCCAAGACACACAACCCAAUAAAGGAACACUUAACCAUUCAGAUCAAAAACAUGCKACUAAUUCUAAGUAUCCACUGUUUAUCCAGUCACAAAGCAAUGCUCAAGGUAAUGCUGAAGAAAGCUCUGUCAUUCAUGUAGUGUUUGGAGCUGGAGACAAAGCAACAAACCAGAAAAAUGAAAGCUCCUUGGGAAGUCUUCCAUUCAACUCACACACUCAACAACCUCAUGCUGUUACAAAGAUUCCUAAUUCUGUUACAAGAAAAACACCACAACGAAAACCAAACAGGAAUAAGAGAAAAAGCWCUGAAUCUGCACCACAAAUAGGUAACACCUGUAGCACUUCAAUGCAAAGUCAAUCAAUUCCUCCCAAAAUACCGAAUAAUGUAACAUCUGAGGAACCAAAGUUACCCGAGAAACCUAACAAUGAGUCUGCUGAGAAUAAUGAAUCUUCAAAUGCAGCUAUAAGUAAACCAAGUGAAAUUCAUACUGUCGUUAACAAGAAGUCUAGUUCAAAGGACAAUCUAAGACGAGAACUCCGAGAAUUUCACCAAGCUUCAUUUUCAUUGGAAAAGGAAUGUUUUAGCUUGGAGUCAGAGAGACUCGAGUGUCUYCAUGGGAUCAAACUAAGAAAGGACAAAAUUGAAGACUUGCAGAAACAGAUMGCUGAGCUGGAGCAAAAGGCUGUUCAACUUGCUAAUUCAAAGGUUAUUGUUGAAGCAAAUUGGAAAGCUGUACAGGAAAAAGAAAAGGAAUUAAAUAUGCUGCUUUUCCCCCCAGAUCCUAAUACUGGAAACAAUGUAACAGAAUCCUCAAAAAGAUUGAAGUUAGUCUGAGAAAAUGUAAUUUCAAUCCAACCGAAAGUAAAAUUUUGUAYAAAUUAUGAUUUAUUUACAGUCUGAUGGACUCAAAAAUGAAGCUCAUU